AUGGGACCCAAACGAAAAUCGGCUCCGCCAACACCGGAAUCAGUACUGGAACAGUUACAGCAAUCCAAGUCGCUGAAGCUUCUGGCCAUUGCCGAAACAUUAUCGCCAAAGGAUCUCCCACAGGCUGAGAAGAAGCGCAAUUCUGCAGCAUCAGAGGACAGCGAACAGAACGGCGACACCCACCCGGCAGCCCUUGAAGCUGAUCUGCUCCACUACAAAGAACUCUUCAGCAAACUACGCUUCAGCUAUGUCGAACAGGUCACCAAAGAGAAGUUCCUGCGCAGCAUAACGGAAAACCCACCCCGCUUAGUCGAGGCUCCGGAGAAUGAUGAGAAGGAGAGAGAGAUACUGGCUCUGAAAGCAGAGCUCAAGGAGCGCAAGUUGGAAGUAGCUGAGAUCUUGAAGCAGCUGGAGGACAAGGGAAAAGAGCUUGCGUUGCGCUACGAGGGGCUGCAACUACGCACACAACAGCUUGAGUCACUUCCAGCCGAGAUUGCAGGCCUCGAGGCGAGACUUGAGCAGUUGAAGAACGACCAAACACCAGUAUCAAAGAACCCUGAGUUGUCUCUGCCACUUCCUGAAACUCAGCGAGUACUCAGCGAACGAGAAGCGGAACUCGCAGCCCUGAAUGCGCAAAUAGCAAGUCUCCAAGCUACCAUCCCGAACCGGACCAGAGACCUGGAGAAGCUCGAGCGUGAGCUGAGACCACUAGAGACACAGAAACAGGGAACCGUAGCGGCAGCCAAAGAGGCCCGGAGACGGAAGGAAGAAGGCGGUGGGAUCGGAGAUGAGCUAGAGGAGAGAGGCAGAUGGCUCCGAGCGUCUGAAAAGGCGCUAAGGGAAAUGCUGGAGGUUGAAGGAUGA